AAAGCAUUUUCAUUACCUUCCCUCUGUUAUUUCUUCAAGCGAAAUGGGGCGCCUUGUUUUCUUGUUUGCUUCCUCUUUGCUUCUUAUGGUGGCUGCUACAACAGUUUCAGCUGCAAUAUUGGAGCACUCAUUCUAUGCUAAAAAUUUGACUGUUACUAGGUUGUGCAACCGCCAGGUGAUUACAGCAGUAAAUGAUAGCUUCCCUGGCCCAAGCCUCCGCGUUCAAGAGGGUGACAAACUGAUUAUUCACGUCUUUAAUAUUUCACCUUUCAAAAUAACAAUUCACUGGCGUGGCGUUUCUCAGUUAAUGAGUGCCUGGUCAGAUGGACCUGAGAUGAUCACUCAGUGUGCAAUUCGCCCCGGAAAUAACUAUACCUACAAGUACAGAAUCACUAAACAGGAGGGAACCCUUUUCUGGCAUGCUCAUUCCUCCUUUCUCCGUGCCACCGUCCACGGAGCAAUCAUCAUCCACCCCAGGGCUCGCCACUCUUACCCAUUCCCAAAGCCCUACAGGGAAGUUCCCAUCUUGUUAGGUGAGUGGUGGAAUGCUAAUGUCGUUGAUGUUGAAAACCAGGCUCUAGCCCUUGGCAUUGGUCCUAACAUUUCAAAUGCUUAUACAAUUAAUGGAUGGCCCGGUGAUCUCUAUCCAUGCUCUCAAAACCUAGGACUGGAACGAGGAUUGCCCAAUGAUAACCCCCUGUUAGGUGCUUCGGUCUUCGAAGAAAGUGGGAAUUUUUUUUGGGCUUGUGUUGACAGCAUUGCUCGAAAGAGGAAGAGGAGAAAAGACAUUAGUGCCCAAAAUAGCCUUAUUUUGAAAAUCAUUAAAUAAACAAACCUGGGCCUAUCUUAGAUGGUCCACUGAGCCCUUGAAAUUAGAGCCCAGCAAAAUUGUGGCUGAUAUCUUGGAAGAAAUAAAAUCCUUCUUAAUAGAAACAUUGGAGUUUGGAUCAGCCAGACCCAACGCCCUAUCUGUUUUGUCCUUCUCCAGACCUCAACCCAUAGCAUCAUUUCCAGUAGGAAUAGCAAAAUCACGUAUGCUGAUUGCCUGCACAUCACUCUCUUUAUGGGUUGAUUUGCCUUCGCUUAAGGGUUUGUUAUAAAUGACAACCUGAUAGUACUAGAAAGAACAUAUGUUUUCUCCCUCCUUAUUGAUUAAUUUGUUCCCAUUUAGUUAUCUUUAGCAUAUUUUUAGCAUUUUCAGUGCAGUAAAUUGCAUUUUAUAACUCAGUGGAUCUUAACCUAUUUAUCCUUAAUUUUUUCAUGUUUUGGUAUCAAUGUCGCUGCAUGAGUAUUUCCAGAUUGCGUCCAGAAUUGUCGUCACACCUGACAGUUGUCCGGAUAAGAACAAAAAGGUGUGAGCUGUCCAGUCUGGUACCACCAACUUGUACGUACAGAGGCAGUAUGAUUCUAAUGAAAGGACACCUGUGUUA